GGCGGCGUUGGCGGCGGCGGCGGCGGCAGCGGGAGCAGGAGCGGCGGCGGCGGCGGCAUCCCUGAGACUCCUCGAGCUACCUUUCCCUGUGACAGCCACUGACGUUCUCCGCCGCUAGAAGAGACCCCGCUUCUCCGGCGCCCGCCUGCCCUCCCCCCUCCCAGCCCCAGCCCCAGCCCCGCCAGCACCGCUACCUCCGCCAGCAUUGCCACCAUCAGCACCACCUCCACCACCACCACCGACACCACCACCACCACCACCACCGCCGGCGGCGGCAGCAGCCAUUUCAUCUCCACAGAAACCAGACACAAAAACAUGGCAGAAAUGGAGAAAGAAGGGAGACCUCCGGAAAAUAAAAGGAGCAGGAAACCGGCUCACCCAGUGAAAAGGGAGAUCAAUGAGGAAAUGAAGAACUUUGCAGAAAACACUAUGAAUGAACUCCUUGGCUGGUAUGGCUAUGAUAAGGUUGAAUUGAAAGAUGGUGAAGAUAUUGAAUUCAGGAGCUACCCUACAGAUGGAGAGAGCCGGCAGCACAUUUCUGUUCUCAAAGAAAAUUCUUUGCCAAAACCAAAAUUACCUGAGGACAGUGUUAUUUCACCAUAUAAUAUAAGCACAGGCUAUUCAGGGCUUGCCACAGGAAAUGGACUCAGUGACUCACCUGCAGGGUCCAAGGAUCAUGGCAAUGUGCCCAUUAUUGUACCUUUAAUCCCUCCACCCUUCAUAAAGCCACCAGCAGAAGAUGAUGUGUCAAAUGUACAAAUAAUGUGUGCCUGGUGCCAGAAAGUGGGAAUCAAGCGCUAUUCCCUGAGUAUGGGAAGUGAGGUGAAAAGCUUCUGCAGCGAGAAGUGCUUUGCGGCCUGCCGACGAGCCUACUUCAAGAGAAAUAAGGCUAGAGAUGAAGAUGGACAAGCUGAAAAUUUCCCCCAGCAGCACUAUGCUAAGGAAACUCCAAGGCUUGCCUUCAAGAAUAACUGCGAACUACUUGUAUGUGACUGGUGUAAGCACAUAAGACACACAAAAGAAUACCUGGAUUUUGGGGACGGGGAAAGAAGGCUUCAGUUCUGCAGUGCAAAAUGUCUCAAUCAAUACAAAAUGGACAUUUUCUACAAAGAGACACAGGCCAAUCUUCCAGCUGGGCUGUGCAGCACAUUACACCCUCCCAUGGAAAAUAAAGCAGAAGGCACGGGGGUGCAGCUGCUCACUCCAGACUCUUGGAAUAUCCCUCUAACAGAUGCUCGGAGGAAGGCCCCCUCCCCGGUGGCUGCAGCUGGCCAAAGCCAGGGCCCUGGCCCAUCGUCGUCCACCACCGUUUCUCCAUCUGACACUGCCAACUGCUCUGUCACGAAAAUCCCCACGCCAGUGCCCAAGUCCAUGCCCAUCAGCGAGACUCCAAACAUCCCUCCGGUCUCCGUCCAGCCACCUGCUAGCAUCGGGCCUCCCCUCGGUGUCCCGCCUCGCAGCCCUCCCAUGGUGAUGACCAACCGCGGCCCGGUGCCGCUGCCCAUCUUCAUGGAACAGCAGAUCAUGCAGCAGAUCCGCCCGCCCUUUAUUCGCGGGCCGCCGCAUCACGCCUCCAACCCCAACAGCCCUCUGUCCAACCCCAUGCUCCCCGGCAUCGGGCCCCCGCCCGGCGGCCCCAGAAACCUGGGCCCCACGUCCAGUCCCAUGCACCGGCCCAUGCUGUCGCCCCACAUCCAUCCCCCAAGCACCCCGACCAUGCCUGGGAACCCUCCAGGCCUGCUGCCCCCGCCGCCCCCGGGCGCGCCCUUGCCCAGUCUCCCAUUUCCGCCGGUGAGCAUGAUGCCAAAUGGCCCGAUGCCCGUGCCCCAGAUGAUGAAUUUCGGGCUGCCGUCGCUCGCCCCGCUGGUGCCGCCCCCCACCUUGCUCGUGCCAUACCCUGUGAUCGUGCCCCUGCCCGUGCCCAUCCCCAUCCCGAUUCCCAUCCCUCACGUCAAUGAUUCCAAGCCCCCCAACGGAUUCUCCAGCAACGGGGAGAACUUCAUUCCGAGCGCCCCUGGCGACUCCUCAACGGCGGGCGGCAAGCCAGGCGGACACUCCCUGUCCCCCAGGGACUCCAAGCAGGGCUCGUCCAAGUCUGCGGACUCGCCGCCCGGCUGCUCCGGCCAAGCCCUGAGCCUGGCGCCCGCGCCCGCGGAGCACGGCCGGAGCGAGGUGGUGGACCUGACGCGGCGCGCCGGCAGCCCCCCGGGCGCGGGCGGCCAGCUCGGCUUCCCCGGCGUGCUGCAGGGCCCGCAGGACGGCGUCAUCGACCUGACCGUGGGCCACCGGGCCCGGCUGCACAACGUGAUCCACCGCGCGCUGCACGCGCACGUCAAGGCGGAGCGCGAGCCGGGCGCCGCGGAGCGCAGGACCUGCGGCGGCUGCAGGGACGGCCACUGCAGCCCGCCCGCCGCCGGCGACCCGGGCCCGGGCGCCCCCGCGGGCCCCGAGGCCGCCGCGGCCUGCAACGUCAUCGUAAACGGCACGCGCAGCGCCGCCGAGGGCGCCAAGAGCGCGGAGCCGCCCCCGGAGCAGCCCCCGCCGCCGCCGCCGCCGCCGCCCGCGCCCCCCAAGAAGCUGCUGUCGCCCGAGGAGCCGGCGGUGAGCGAGCUGGAGUCGGUCAAGGAGAACAACUGUGCUUCCAACUGUCACCUGGACGGGGAGGCGGCCAAAAAGCUGAUGGGGGAGGAGGCCCUGGCGGGGGGCGACAAGUCAGACCCGAACCUUAAUAACCCCGCGGACGAGGACCACGCGUAUGCUCUGCGGAUGCUGCCCAAGACGGGCUGCGUGAUCCAGCCUGUGCCAAAACCCGCGGAGAAGACUGCCAUGGCGCCGUGCAUCAUCUCCUCGCCCAUGCUCAGCGCCGGGCCGGAGGACCUGGAGCCUCCGCUCAAAAGGAGGUGCCUCCGAAUUAGAAAUCAGAAUAAGUAAAAG